CACACCGCCUGCCAGGCCCCGACUCGCGACCAUGGGCAAGCGCAAGUCUAGCAAGAAGCCGCAGACGCGCGUCAAGCAGGUCCUCGACAAGUCGUUCCGCUGCGUGUUCUGCGCCCACCAGGGCUCUGUCACCUGCAAGCUCGACAACAAGCUCAAGGUCGGCCGGCUCGACUGCAAGGACUGCGGCCAGAGCUUCCAGACCGACAUAACUCACCUCUCGGAACCAGUCGACCUCUACAGCGCCUGGAUUGACGCCUGCGAGGAGGCCAACCCUGCCGACCGCGGUCCGGCGCGUGCCAAGUCCGCCGCUGCCGCUCCUGCCGCCGCUCCUGCCGCGCAGCAGCAGAAGAAGAAGCGCCGCGCCGACGCCGAUGAGGACGAGGACGAGGCGGAGGACAGCGAGGAGGAUGGGGACUUUCAGGAGGGGCGGGACCCGGCAGCGGGUCAGGAGGAUGAGGACGAGGACUUGCCUGCGCCGAUGACCAAGAGUCGCAAGAAGCAGCGCGUGGACAGUCCAGGUGAGGAGGAGGAGGACUGAAUCAGUUGUAGCUUGGACGGAACGCCGGAACCAUGUUGUACUCUCUCGGG